AUGGGCUUCCUCCACAAAGCCCGCGUCUUCCUCUGGGGCCAAAAACCAGCCACCAAACUAGAACAACGUCUUCUCCUCAAGAUCGAUUGCGUCGUUAUGACCUUCUGCACUUUACUCUUCUUGAGUAACUAUUUGAAUCGGGCAAACUUCUCCAACGCCUACCUCACAGGAAUGAAAGAAGACCUUAACUUCAAAGGCAAACAAUUCAACCAAGUCAACUCGAUCUUCACCGCAGGUUACAUCAUCGGUCUCUGGCCUAACAAUCUCAUCCUUCAAGUGGUUCCUCCUCGAUGGUGGUUGCCGUUCUGUGGAGCCAUGUGGGGAAUCCUCUCUGCUUGUUUAGCCGCUACGAAAACGCCAGAGCAAGUCAUGGCGAUUAGAUUCCUCCAGGCGCUGUUCGAAAGUUCAACGUUUACUGGUUGUCACUGGAUUUUAGGGUCGUGGUACAAGGAGGAGGAGUUAGGGAAGAGGUCAGGAAUCUUUUCAACUUUUGCACAGAUGGGAUCACUCUGGUCCGGCGUAAUGCAGGGUAGGAUUUCGCAGACAAUGAAUGGUCGUUUGGGAUUGAAGAGUUAUCAGUGGUUGUUUAUUAUUGAUUUUGCUCUUGCUAUGCCGAUUGCUAUCUUUGGCAUUCUGUCGUUCCCUGACACUCCUCGCAAGACGAAGGCUUGGUUCUUGAGCGAGGAGGAGAGACAGUUGGCUGUUGCCAGAUUGCCUCAACACAAACCCACAAAAAUGUCUUGGGAUCUGUUGAAGAGGGUGUUCGGCAGAUGGCAUAUCUAUCUCUUCUCCCUUCUCUUCGGGUUCGGGAGUAUGUUGGAAAGUGCAGGAAUCAACAGUGUGAUGGGAUUCUGGUUUAAAUCUCUCAACUUCAGCAAAGAUAAAAUCAACUACUACCCUCUCUCGCUCAUCUCGAUCGCCAUUUUCACCACCAUCCUUGCCGCCUACAUGUCAGACUACGUCGGGUCUCGAUGGUGGGUCAACCCUGUAAUGGGCGUGAUCGUAUGCGUUUCCUCCAUCAUGCUCCUAGUCUGGGACAUUCCCUACUCCGCAAAAUUCUUCGCCUUCGCCAUUCAAGGAGCAGGAUACAUGGGACAAGCGACCAACUUUGCCUGGGCUAACAUUGUCUGCGCAGAAGACGAACAAGAGAGGGCAAUGGUACUAGCAGGAAUGAACGUGCUAAGUAACAUUGUAAACAGUUGGUGGAACUUUGUCUUUUGGCCUGCGACGAGUGCGCCAAGAUAUACGAACGGCUGGAUUAGUAUGUUCCCCCUAUCGGUGUUUGCUACGGCGGUGGCACUGGCGAUUGUUUAUUUGGAGAGAAAGGAUAGAAGGAAGAAGUUGAGUUGGACUGGGCCGGGAGAUGAGGAAGGGAGGAGUGAUGGGGAGGUGGUAAAUAAGUUAACGGAAAAGAGGGUGACCGAGGAAGAUGAUGCUUCAAGUAACGAGGAGAAGGGCACCAAAGCUUAG